UCUUCUGUCGUCGUGGAAAUGUCAAACCUUGUUUAACAAAACGUUUCCCUCAUAAAAUAAACGGGAAAUAGCGCUAGUCAUGUGGAAAAAGCAAAAACAUAAAGUGGAAGUUUAGAAAGAAGCAAAAAAUCAAGAUGACAUUCACUCCAGGAGAUCUGAAAGACGUGGCAAACCUUGUUGCUAGGAAGCUGGAGGUGUACAUGAAUAAAGAGAGAAGGGAGACAAGGUUCCAGCCGGCUGGGUGUUACAGAACCACGAAGAAAAUGCAGAAGUAUGACCUCCUACAGAGAGUAAUGGAGACCUCGGACCUCGACCAAGUCCCAGCACCUCCUUCAAAAAGUCCGCAGAGAAAAAGCCUCCGGAGGAAGAGCCCUGAUGGAAAGAUGAAGGUGGACCACAAGUCCAGAAAACAAGACGCUUCCAAGGAAAGAAAAGUAGCCAAAGAUAAGAAGUUUGACGUGUCACGCAGUGGCACAGACAAAUGGAAGCCACAGUCUGAUACGGACAGGAGGGGAGAGGUGGACAAGGGGAAGGACAAAGAUGUGAUGGUUUUGAAUAGGGAGACAUGGAUGAGGCUUGUUGAUGAGAAGGAUGAGAGUACUUCUAGUUCCCCUGAUAUGAAGCUGUCCAUCUCUCCCAAGCUUAAGAAAACAUCCCGGUCUGUUGUGGCAAAGAAGGAAGCUGUUCGUCUCUCUGAAUAUGCCAGCAAUGUCUUCGAUGGUCAAGCCCUGGACAAGCUACAGGUCAUCCACCGGUACCGCCCCAACAGCUCGGACAUCCCCCACGUCACAGAGAACGGCAAGGUCCAGAACUACACCUGCCAUGUCGGGUCAGCUCUGCACACCAAGAAAUACGUGGAUUAUUACAUCAAAGAGGGACUUCAGACAGGAAGAAAAGAAUACUCCAAGAGACUUCAAGAGCUGAAACGGGGCACAACAACACCUUCUGAGAAAGGCUCGGAGAAGGGCUCUGUUCAAUCGGUGAGAACUGCGGCGUCAGUGUCAACAGUGAGAAGUGAGGACUACAGAGACACCGUCGGUGGAAAGACGCGGGUGAAGGAAACUCGUGGCUAGGUAAGACACAACGUGCCUCUAACCACGCAUGGCUCCUAGAUCUCAUAGUCUACCCUAUGCUGUUUUAUUUCGAUGAGGAUAAUCUUGUAGAGAUUAUUCAUAAUUUUUUCAUUUUCACUUUAUGCUUAUUAUAACCGGAGAUGUAGAUCUGGUCUAUUGGCAACAUUUAUUUUCCUUUUAUUAAAGCGUUACUGUAAAUUAUGAAAUUAGUGAGCAUCAAAUAAUUGGAGAAAUGGGAGUGUCUCUUUAUCUUUAUCAGUGAGUGACAUCAAUCUCAGUAAAAUCAGA